AUGUCUGUUUUUAGAAAGCUAGGAAAACAUAAUCCUUCAGGUCAUAUCAGUCAUGAAGUCAUAAAUGAUCGUAGUUGCAUUCUACAUCUGUUGGCCUGGCGUGGCUUCUCACAAGAACUGGCAAUGGCGCUGAAGACGUCACGGAAGAACGUGAAUUUACAAGACUCGGUUGGCAACACUCCACUUCACAAAUUGUUGGAAUAUGAUCAGGAAUACAAAGUUCACGAGGAGGGAAUCCAAACAUUGUUACAUGCUGGAGCUGACCCGAGUCUAUUGAAUCAGCGAGGUCAGACUCCAGCAGAUAUCUAUAUGCUGAAUACAUGUGAGGAGUACUAUGAUACUAGUAGGGCAGCGCAGAAGGAUUCCCUUUUAAAAAUAUUACACAAGGGGAUUGUCCCAGUGGAAAUAUUGGCUCGCGGUGCAGAUGCAUUGAAUGCUUUUAAUAAAGCUCUGUCUGAGGGUAAAACAGAGGUUAACCAAGGAAGAACAGUUUUCGUGGGCCUUGAGAGAGUAGGAAAAACAUCUACCAUCAACUCAUUUUUAAGGAAUCCUUUCAAUCAAAAUCAAAACAUUACUGAUGCAAUUGCUAAGACAAUGGUGUGCACCCAAGAUUUAGAUGAUGAAUUCAAUUGGACCGAAACAUACAGUCAAUCAGCUGAUAUCUUUGAAAAUGAAAUUGUAUGUUCGAUAACGAAUCAAUUGUUAGAGAAAGAAAACGAGGAGAGAAGGGAAGUAACACAAGGGAAAGAUGUGUUACCAUCCGCAAUCGAAGAUGAUGAGGCUGAAUACAGGGAGGGACAAUCAUUAUCAGAAGCCACCAGGGAUACAGAAAUUGAACCAGAUGUUAAACGAAGACGAAAAAAUCUACACACACAGUCAAAUAUUCCAGAAAAAAUAGCCAAAAAGGUUCAGGAGAGAAUAAAUGAAAUCAAGUUCACAAGAAGAGGAACAAGUGAGGAGCAAAAACCUGGCAACAACUUUAUCAUGAACAUCUGGGACUUUGGAGGCCAGCCAGUGUACCAUGUGAUACAAAGAAUUUUUAUGGUAUCUUUUGCCAUUGUUUGUGUUGUAUUCAAUCUAGAAGAUGCCCUUGAUGCCCCUGCCAGCGUCAGAGAUCCAACAACAGGUAAUGUGUACCCACAUCGAAUGACAAAUCUUCAGUUCAUUCUUUUCUGGAUUCGUUCAGUAUACACACACAGUAGAGAAUCAGAUCUGAAUGAUGGACAACUUUCACCAUCGGUAAUAGUGAUUGGUACGCACCUAGGCAGCCUUGAAGGGAAUGAAGAAGAACAGAAAAUUAAGGCCGAAGGAUUAUUCCGCAAAAUUCAAGAAGCAUUGAAGGGCAAACCUUAUGAAGCAAUGGUGUUUCCCACGUUCUUUGCUAUUGAAAACAGCCUACCGUUCUCCAGGAGCAAUGCUUCUAACAUCAUGAAGCAAAUCUUGGAAUUUUCGAAGAAGAUGGUUAGAAAUCUGCCUUUAAAAUGGUUGCUUGUUCAACAGGAAAUCCAGAAGUUGAAAGAGCGUAUCUAUCUACCAACGGAGGAGGUGAUUGCAUUAGUUGACCGGUGUGGGGUCAAACAAGACGCUCAAAGAGUGCUGCUUGAGUAUUUACACGACAUUGGCGACAUCCUGUACUAUCCUGAUGACGAAGCCUUAAAGAACAUUGUUGUGUUGGAUCUGAUGGGAAUAGUUGAUAUGUUUAAAACAAUAAUCACUGUUAUUGACCCUCAACUUAUGGAUCCAGCACUAAAAGAUGCCUGGAAAAAAUUGAACUGUGGGAUCCUAGAGGAGCGUCUGUUAAGACAUCUCUGGAAGAGGUUUAAUUUUUCCGAUAAGACAUUUGACUUCUUCGUAUCUCUCAUGCAAAAGUUUGGACUGGUGUGUAAGAAAAAGAUGACAACGGAUGGUGGACGUAUUUUCUACGUCCUUUCACGUUUGAAACCUCAACGUUUAGAUACAUUGUCCACUGAGGCUAAUGGGAAGAGUGCAGUUUCAAUCUUCCACGACUUUGGUCGCUAUCUACCGGACGAUCUUUUCCAGCGUGGAGUAACCAAAUUCAUUGAGGAAUUCCAAGUAGAAGGUCAUGAACCUAAACUAUCUUAUGAGCAUGUGGAGUUGAAUAUCGAUGAAGAUCACCGUGUCGUUCUGAGUGUAGCCUCCAUUAAGCAUCGUCGUAUGUUCCAGACAACAAUCAUCCGACAAAAGAUCCUUACUAAAGAUGAUGAACCCUUGCCGAGAGUGUGUAAGAAGGUACUUAAUUUCCUCGAAAUGGAAUUAAAGGUCUUUUGUAAGAGUGGUGCAAGAGGAGUUGAAGUCACAAGGUACAUUCGUUGUAUUUGUAAUAAUGCUCACAUGCAUAUCGUGCGAAAGUUUGAUAAAAAUGCUCUGCGAUGCGGAAGCGAUGGAAUGGAAGUGGCACGCUACCGCCGAUUAUUUGAAGAUGUGCCGCAGCAAGCAGGCAGUCAAAAGAGCGCACUCAUUUGUAAUUUAAAAUUGUUUUACAUUGACAUUUACUUUUAUUAUUUCUCAGCUCUGUCAGAGUCUCAUCCACCAAUCACUAAACCUGAAGGUUAUGUGGAUGAUGCCAUCAUUGCAACAGUUUGUGAGGAAAUGAAUUUCAGCUGGAGAAGGUUUGGUGUCCGUUUGGGACUUAGUUGGUCAAAAGUUAACAGUUGGUUUGUUAGUGAAGCAUUGACUCAUAAGGCUGUUGAAAAUAUGCUGGAGUAUUGGAGGAGCAACAUCGGUAGUAAACAUCAUCAACUUAAAGUGUUGUGCACUGCUUUGAAAGAACAUGGUCGCAUGGAUCUAGUUAAACAAACGUUUGAGGGUGAAUUUAAUGAUGAAGUUAAACUCAUUUCAGAACAAGCAGUUAAUGUAUUGGGGAAAGGCUUUUGUGAUCAAGACUUGCUAUUCAUCUGCGACAACUUGGAGCCUAAAUCUUGGAGGAUACUCGGAGUGCGUCUUGGACUCAAGUGGACCGAUAUUAAUAAAGUAGCAAACAACAACAAACUGGUUGAAGACCGUAUAAUGCAAUUGCUGGUUACUUGGAGAGAACGUCAAUCAACAAACCAAAUGCCAAUCAUGAUCAGUGCUUUGGAACAACAGGAACUUGUUGAACUUGCGGAACGUUUGCGUGAAAGGCACAAAUACGAAGAUGAGUUUGAAGAUGCAACAACCCACAUGAAUACUCACCGAACACUUCCCGUGAAAGUUUCAGGUCGUUUGGAUGACAAUGACGUGCUAUUUGUUGCGGAAAGUUUUGGCAAAGACUGGAUAGCAUUUGGCAGGCACAUUGGUCUGAAACAAAAUGACAUAGAACAAAUUGAGAUGAAUUUUCCACCACCACCUAUUGUAGACGCCAUUAUGGAGAUGUUGGUAAAGUGGCGUCAAAAGCAGAGAGUUAAAGUAAACCAACUCAUAGCAAUGAGUGAUGCAUUGGACACCUUUGGAAAAGGAGAUACAAAAAUAGAACUCCAAACCUACUACAAGAAAAAGUAUCAGCAACAAGAUGAAUUGAAAUGAACAUAUAUAGAGCUGAGAAAAAAAAGUAAUUGAAGAUAAGCUUAAAAUUGAAAGGGCAUAUCGCUUCUCGGGUCAUAAGUCCAAUAAGUCAAGGAGAGGCCUAUAUACAAGAACUCAUUAGUCUUAAUGUUACAGUCCAGUAGCAAGAGACCAAAAACUAAGAAAUUACAACAAUGUCAAUUUAACUUGCAAAAUGCCCUGUUGUCCCAUUACCUACAUUUUUUGUUCUAUUAUACAAUAUAUUCAAUAUCUAUUCCAAUACAAACAAAAGUUUUUUUUACAGCAAGUGGUGAACAAAAUAAUAUUAAAUGGCUACUUAAAGUUUACACAAAAACCAAUGAGAGAUCGAGGGAAAUUGCAUACAAGGCCUUAGUUCGGCUGAGGCUUGAGUUUGCAUGCAGUGUACGGAACCCCUAUACGAAGAUAGAACAAGGCCAAAAUUGAAAAAGAAGUAGAAGUUCCAGAUGUGGCCAAACAUUAAUGUCGGCUCGCAUGCAGAAACUGAAUUUAAUUUACAAGUUUCACCAUGGACAGGCAAUUAUUAUACAGUUUUUGCCGCAAAUGUGCGUCGCAUUUAAAAAUUCACAAGGGGCAUGCACCAUCUACGUUUUGAGGAACACCAUCACAGAACCAACUAUAGGAUGAUGUCUUUUUUCCGCGUACUAAACUGGAAUUGAAGAAAAUCGUAUAGUGCGGGGUCACCCUGGCUGUCUUUGUAUCUAGCGUCACUGUGCCAUAGAUUCAUGAAGUGAUUGAGAAAAUUUAUAUAUAAAAAGAUAAAAUAUUAAAAUACAAAAUACAAAAAAUAUUUAGAAAAAAAUUAUACAAAAAAAAAAAUGUUCUCCUGGAAUUAAAGUCAGAAAGAUGUCUAAAGGUUGGAGACACAAAAAUACACUAGAAUACACAAGUGGAGGAAAAGAAAAUAGAAAACAUAGUUUAAAGGUAGACGUCAUGCAGCCUGCCCACAGCCACACACACACACACACAUUAAGCUACAGAAUCUUCAGCAAGUGAAGGCGGCAGGAUACACGAAGAACAACAACUAAAAUAGUGGAGUGCCUUAGCGUCAGGAUCGUUACACAGAUGACAGAAGUGCCGAAUUUGGUACAGAUAUUAGCAUGGCCAUACAGUUUUGGAAAAUCUCCGGAACCAAAAAAAAAAAAUCUUAUUUUAGAGGUAAAAAAUCGCAUUUUUGGGAAAAAAUACGGUCUAAAUAUUUUGGUAUUUUUGACUAUUAUAAUGCAAUACCUACCUGUACAAAGGGUUUAGAAUCGAUAUAAUCAUUAUUUAGUCGGAAAUAAGCAAUAACAAUAAAAAAUAUAAAGACUUUUUGUAACAAUUUAGAUUUUAACCUUAUGCAUAGAUUAAUAAUUGAAUUACCUGGAUGACAAAAGUGCCAAAUUUGGAUAUUAGUAUGGGCAUAUAAUUUUAAAAGAAUCUCUGGGACCGAAAAAAAAAAAAAAAAA